CUCAGUGCCUUGCGUGUACCGGAGUCGAACGCAACGCCGCUGCCGCCGACUGCGCCGCUCCGACCAACCAACUGGCCAGCCAACCCACCCUGUUCCGCACCGCCCCCUGCCCCUUCCGCAGCCACUGGCGUUCUUAUUAGAUUUUAUGGCGGCUCCGACUUAGAACACAAUCGGAAUCAGAAAGAGAAACAGAAACAGAAACAACAACACGUCGACGGUGGGUCGGCCGCGCCUUUGGUCGUUUCAUCCCGCUCCGUUCCACCCCGUUCCACUUGCCAUUCGUUUCGUUCUCGCGCCGUUAGAAUCGCCGUCGCUGUCGCUGCCGACGUCGCCGCCGUCGCCGCCGCUGGCUGACUUAUUGGCUUUAAGCGAAUUUGAACGUCGCUCGAACUUUUAUUCAGCGUGUUGGUUCCAUCGUGUGAGCAACUCUGAAACGCUACACAUUCGAAGCGGAAACUGAAAACUGAAAAAAAACACAAACCGAAACACACAAAGAUACCCCCUACAAAACAAAAAUCAAAUCAAACUAACCCCACAAAAAACUCGCGAUACGCAAGUGCUAAAUGCGAUAUUAAACAUAUUGUAAAGCCGCCAACAUAGAAAUCCCAGAGAUAUUACUACUAAUAUUUUUUUGAAGUGUUGAACCCGCAAAGUGCUUUAAACAACAACAACUACAACUACCAAAAUGCCUUACAACAGCGUCACGCUUUAGUGGUACAAGUACAAGUGUCAAGUCCCCACCCCUUUCGCAGAGACCCAUUUGAAACUGAACGAAAAAGGAGGCCCAAACAGGUGUCCGCCUGCCGACAGGCCAACGAAACACGCCGGAGACAAUCAGCAAUCAGCAGUCAGCAGUCAGCAGCAGGUGGGCAGCAGAGCUCCUCCACCAGAGAGAGCGAGAUCCCCCAACAGUUCAGCUCAGCGGAGUUCAGCUCGGAACGGCGAUUUGUGCAUUUAAUGAUUCGCCGCCGAUGUGAAGCGAGGUGCCGGCUGUUCGACGUUCAACGCAUUCGCUCGGCCUUAGCGCUCUGAGCAACAACAAAAGUCGGGGACCUGAGCCGAUGGAGCCGAUGGAUCGGCCAUACUCCUCCAAAAGCACCCUCUCCCUAAGAAAAGCCCUGAAAAAGGCGAAAAAGGAAGAACUGUAAUUUUUUAACUUGUGAUAAGCGGAAAAGUGAAAAGUGUGUGCCUCCAGAACCCAUAAUAUAUACACAUAUAUACAAGAAUAUAAAGAGAUAUACAAGAGAAUACUUUUUGGCAUAGUCCAACCAACCAAUGCAACGCGUAGGCCUUCAACUGUGAUUUAAGAAUACAAAACAAAAAAAGCAAAACAAAAAUAAGAAACCCCGUUCGUUACGUUUAAUUUUAUUAGUUCGGUUUAGUUAUUUUGUUCAACUCUUUGCGUGUGCAACAGCUUACCGAUUAGAUAGCCAUGUUCAACUCCAACAUACCGGCCUCCUCCCUGCUCGGGAUCGACAACAGCGGCCUCCUGAUGGGCGGGCACACGCCCAAGACGCCGGAGAUCCUGAACUCGCUGAUCGCCAUGACCAACCCGCUGGACAGCUUCAGCUUCAGCUCGGCGGCGGCAGCGGCCGUUUCCGCCGCUGUUUCCGCCUCCGCCGCCUCCUCGGCCUCCUGCAGUGCCGCCUCCACGCCAGUGGUCACCGUGCGUCACUUCAACGGUCAUCCCAACGGCCAGUCGCACUCCCAGGACAGCAGUCAUUCCAGUUGCUCCGGAUCGCCGCUAGACUCCCCAGCGGGCACGGCCACCACGCCCAGCGUCCAACAGACCUGCUCGCGUCUGAUCAAGGAGGGCCUGAAGCUGUCCAUCCAAAGCAAGCGCAAGCUGUCCACCUGCGACUCCAGCUCCGGAUCGGAGCAGCCGCAUUCGAAGUACUCGCGGCGCAGCAGCAACCACAACGGGCACAGCGGCAGCAGCAACAACUACAGCGGCAGCCUGAGCAACGCCAACGACCUGGACGACGACUGCGAGGAGUCGAGCGACGAGGACAGCGAGACCAAGUCGCAGCCGAAGGGCCUGACUCCGGAGGACGAGGACCGCCGGCGGAGGCGCCGCGAGCGCAACAAGAUCGCGGCCACCAAGUGCCGGAUGAAGAAGCGCGAACGCACCCAGAAUCUGAUAAAGGAGUCGGAGGUGCUCGACACCCAGAACGUCGAGCUGAAGAACCAGGUGCGUCUGCUGGAGACCGAGCGCCGCAAGCUGAAGGACAUGCUCCAGUCGCAUUGCUGCCAGCGGGCCGGAGGCUACCAACUGCCCACCCAGCUGCUCCAUUCGCCGGCACAGAAGUACCUCAACGAGCUGGAACUGGAGUCGACGAGCGGCGGCGGUGGCGGCGACAUGACCAACUCGGGCAACAGCCAGCGGCUGCAGAGCAUACCUUCGAUUGCCACCUUCAAGUAUGGCUCCAAAACAGCGGCGGCCAUGGCCCAGCAGCUGCCCAGUGGCUACUGCAAGCCCUCGCCCAGUGCUCAGGAGUUCGAGCACGCCGGCUACCAGCAGCAACAGUCCCUGAAUCCCGCCGGCAACAGCAUCGUCGAGCAGCAGCAGUCGAAUCCCAGUCCCAGCCUGAUUUCCGACUAUGUGCCCAACUGCGAUGGCCUGAACGGCGGCGGCGGCGGCAGCAGCAGCAACAACAACAGCAGCAGCAACGCCAGCAGCAACACCAGCAGCAACGCCAGCAGCAACAUCAGCAGCCACACCAGCAACAUCAGCGGCCUCAGCAGCAACGCCACGAGCAAUAACAGCAGUACAACGCCCACCGCCACCAGCAGCGCCAUUGAGUUUGUCAAGAACGAGCUGGUGGACUCGCAGAGUCCCUACACCACCGCCCUGAGUGCCGAGCGCUUCCUGUUCGAACCCAGCGAUGGUUUCCCGGACAUCAAGCAUGCCUGCGUUCUGCCCUUGCCCUGCGGCACCAAUGGCCUCAACAUGGCCAGCGUGGUCCACACGAACGGCGGCACCGGAAGUAACAAUAGUAAUAACAACAACAACACCCACCUGAUGGACUUCCACCAGGGCCUGCAUAAUGGCAACAUAGGUGUUGGAGUGGGCGUUGGAGUGGGCGUGGGCGUUAUGACCCCCUACGAUGAUGAGCAGCUGCUGCUGCUGAAGAACGGCUGCUAUGCCACCGAUCUGCUGGCCCAACUGGAAGGCGGCGAGUAUGUGGAUCUGGACGCAGCCACCGCCUUUAUGAACAACGGCAGUUGCCUGGCGUGAGGAAGGGCACCGGACAGGGAGCGGGAUCGAGACCGCGACCUGCUGCUCCUAGCCUUCGAUCAGCCCAACAGCCAACAGGAGGAGCAACACCAUCAGCAGCAGCAGCCACUGCAACAUCCUGUUGAGAAAGAGGAGCCACCGGCCAGUCCACAACUAGACAGGCAGGUGGAACUCGAGCUCGAAAUGGAACUGCAACUGGGAGAGGAGCAGGAUCCGGCUUGGGCCCAUGUAGACUACUGGUGCUAGGCCAUCAUCCCUAUACUAAUGUUAAUCUUAACCGCCACUCAUUGACUAAGCAAAAGCCGGAGUACAGAAAACGAAGCUGCAGUCCCCUUAAAAACAAAGCAUAACGUAUAACCCAAAUCCCAAUCCGGCCUUACCUUACAAUAGCUUAAAUACUUCCACUUCUUUUUUUAACUACCACAUCAAUAGUCCAUAAUAUUUUUUAAAAAAGAUUUAGUUUUACCCCAGCAAUCCAAGAUCUUCCAAUAGCAGAUUCCCCCAGUAAGGUCCCCCAUCCCGCAAUUCAAACAAGGACCACUCGAAUAUAAUACCCCACAAGUACCCAAAACCAUCCCAAACAAACCCCUUAACCUUUGAUCCCAAGUCCGCCUGGAGCCGGCAUCCAGCCUGUGGCUUGACUACCUCAUGAAGAAAGAAGCAGAAACAAUUAACAAGUAACUAUCAUUAAAGAACUGUAAAGAGUAAGGUGUAAGGAGCGUAGAAAGCAGAAUCAGAAUUAGAAGCGAGGAGAGCACACAAACACACGCGCAGCGAAGAACGAAGCACUUGCACAACUGUACAUAACCCAACUUUUGACACGAUUACUAGGUAUAUCGAUAACAUUCCAUUGCAAGCCUGCUACAUAACAAAGUCGAACGAAGAAGAAGAGCAGUGAUCAACUGCGAGCAGUCACAUCCGCAUCAGUAAUUAUUAAUUUUAAUUUGUUCAAUCCCUUUUCAAGCGUAUUUUUGUUUGCUCUUUGCUCCCCCCAACGAAGCCUUAAAAAUAAUAUUAACCAUGCCUAUUGUAUGUCUGUGUAAACAAUCGGGAGAUUAGAGAGGAGGGUAAUUCAAGUUGAGAAUCCGAUGCAGAAGCAGGAGGAAAAAUAGGAAGCCCAUGCGAUAAGACGUUUGAUAUUUUUUUCUAAAACCUAGGCUUAGUCAGUGAUAAAACCUAUAUAUACCGUAUAUAUAAACAAAAUACUUGUAUGAAUUUUUGUUUUUUUUUGUGUCCAUACAUUGUAAGCUAUGUUUAAACGAUGAACGAAAAAAUUGUGUAAGCUGUUGCCUUAAUCAAAAAUGAAAACGACAAAAAAAUAUCUUUCAAUUGACAACUAAAACUAAAUUAAUAAUCUACACUUUGUUACAUCUUUUGCAAAACUAAUCUACAUAUACAAGAACAACAAAAUAUUUAAUUAUUAUAAAUAUAAAAGAAGAGAUAUAUGAAAUGCGAUAUGUACAUAUACGUAUGAUAUAUGAAUUGGUGGAAUCGAAGACCUUAAAGUGCUGCUAAAAUUGAAACUUUGCAACUCCUUUCAACUUGCGCCUUAUUACAGUUAAACGACAAAACCACUUUUGUAAUUUAUACGAUAUACAUAAAAAAGAAACGUCGAAGAAUAUAUAUACAAGCGUGUACUAAAAGAAAGUAAUAUAUUUGUGUGUGUCUAUUGCUUGAUCAACGAGUUGAAGCAGAGUUCAUUUAUAUAUAAAUAUAGAUAUCUAUAUAUAUACAUACUUAUACACGGAUAUAACAGUUAUAUAUAUACAGAAGUGUGUGUACAAACAGCUGUGAACACCAAAAAGUGGCCUAAAGGAGCAUCCAACCCAAAUAUAAAAACCACAAAUAAUUCCCCUCACAAGUGCUUUGAAAUUGUUUCGUAAUUGUAAUGCCUCGAGUUAAAAAAGAGUUAACCAACGAUGCCGAUAAAACGAUAUUCGAUACAUUAUAUAUAUGUAAAUUACGCAAAACAACUAUUUAUAAUAUUAUUAAACGAACCGAUGAGCUCUUCAAGCCUCUUGAGCACCGCCUUUUUCGCUAGUUGUACCAAGUCUACCAUAAUGUUAUGUCACCCCUAAAUCCCCGAUAUGUAUAAUCAAAGUAACCCCCACGAAAAUGCGUGCCUAUUUGCCCCGAAUAGGAUUGUAAGCAUGUGUAACCACAACAAAGAAGCCUUUCCACUCGAAAUGGAGCUUUAAAAUUAAUAAAAAACUGUAUUUGAGCAUACCUUAAGCAAAGUUUACCUCACACACACACCAAUCACUCGCACACAAAACACACACACAAAGAGGCAACCCUAAAAAUAUUACGGCUAGGGACUUCACUCGCCGACAAUUGAUAUUACGUUCAGCUUCCAAAACAAGUAAAACAUUUUUAAAAAUUAACAAAAAGAAAAACUUAAACAAGUUUCAACAACUCAGGUCAGGCGAGAGGAGGAGCUGCCAGGGUUGUCGCCACAUUCGAUGUUAAAUGUAAUUCGUAACUGUAAAUGUUAACUGUAAACCAUAAUUGUAAAUGGCAGAAUGCAAUCAAGUCCAUUAUGUUAGGAGAGUUCCCGCUUGUAAAUUUGUUUAUUUUUGUAUUAUUUCUCGAUUUGUUUGUUGGUUUUUCGAUUAAUAUUUUCUAAUAUAUAUAUAUCUACAUAAAUACGACAUUAAAGCGUCGAUUGAGUUUGAGUUUGGGGUUCGUGGGCUUCGCUUCCGCCAGCAGCUGAAAGGCAGAAAUAUCUUAAUAAUAGAGCAUUGUAGAAGUAGAUCAACAUCAUCGGAAAGCCAUCCAUCGCUCUCAUCCACACAGGACUACUCCAUUCUUUAGUAGCGCAUCAUCAUUUUACCACUUCGACCUCUGACCUGCACCUCAACCCGGACCCUUCAUCAGCUUUUAGUUUUAGGCUACACAACGUUUGUUUAAUAAAAGAAAAAACUUAAACACAACAUGCGCUACGAAAGUACCUGGACAAAUGUAACGAUUAACGAUCAACAAAACCGAUUUAUCAAUCUUGGUUAUUGUCUUUAAAAACAAGAAUAUCGCAAAAGAAUCGCAAUCAGCUGCAGGCAGAAACGACCCAAAAAAACCCCUUCAAGCUAAAGAGUCCGUUUAUUUGUAUAGCCCUAGAACCAUAUAACUAUAUCCAUGUAUAUUGCUAAAGAUAUUGAUAAAGUUACAAAAUUUAUAUGUGUAUAUGUCCACAAACAGCAGAAGCAAGCAACAAACAAAGAAAACUCCCACAAACUGUGCUAAAACAAACGUAAGAAAUAAUAUAUGAAAAAUGUGUCGAGAGAGUCUAGAUGUUAUUUGUGUAAUUUUGACCAGAGCAAAACUAUACGGAAAAUAGAUCUAGCUGACUAACCAUGUGAAAGCCAAGCAAGAGGAACAAGAGAAAAACAGAUAAACAGCAACCAAGCAAGCAAGCCCAAUCAAAUCUAUGUCUAACUGAGCGAUAAUUGAUAGUCGAUAAUGUUAACUCUCAUCCAACAAGUCAUCCUUAUCCAGUGUGUUUCAUGUUAUUCCGUAGACGUGCCCGUAUCUCUAACGCUCGCUGUAUCCGCAUCUAUAUCUGUAACUCUAACUGUCUCUGUAAACCAUCUCCGAUCCGACCACAACCGAUCACACUCUAAAAGAACUACAAUAAAAAUUCAAGUUUAAUAUCCAA